AUGUUGGGUGGGAUUCUCCGUCUGCCUGCACCCCUCAAGAGACUGGACAUUGUUCGCAACAGUGGGUUGACAUCGCUGGAGUAUCUGUCAGGAGGGCACCCCCCAUCGCUUCGAGCCCUUGACCUUCGAAGGUGCAGUGACCUGGCAUUCCUGCCGAAUGAGCCGCAAGUAUACAAGUCUCUCUUCUUUCUUGAAAUUACAGGCUGUCCUGCUAUAAAGAAGCUCCCUAGAUGCCAGCAGCAGCAGCUGGGCAGCAUCGACUACAUACGACUAGAUGCCCAGUAUAAAGUAACGGAAUUCAAAGCAUUGAAACUGAAGACAUGGAAGGAGAUACCGAGGCUAGUCCGUGAGCGGAGGCAGGCCAGCCGGAGUUGA